AUGGGUCAUCCAGAGAGACCUAACAGAGCCAGGGGCACCAUGAGACUAGCAGGAGACCGCAGGGGCCCCGUGGUACUACCAGGGUGCCCCCAGGGGCCCUCCCAGGCCCAGGAACCGCAUGAGUGUACCGAUAACCCCAGGGGCCCUCCCAUUACCAGGGUCCCAUGGGACUACCAGAGGGCUACCAAUGGCGCUGCUUUCCUUGAAAAAGCAAUUGCCACCACGGGCCCUGAAGGGACAGUGCCCCCUGGGACCAUCCCAUUUGCCAUACCAGGUGCGGGGCACCCAGGGACCCUCCCAGGGGUGUCGGUGUCUCCAGGAGCCAUCCCAAGGGCAGCGGCACCCCCAGGGGCCCGCCUAGGGGCAGAGGAGCCCCAGGGGCCUUCCAAAGGGGACCCUACAGGAAAGGUGCCCUCUGCGGCCCUCUUAGAGGUGGUGGCGACUCCAGGGGCAGCGGCGACCCCAGGGGUCCUCUCAGGGGCAGCGGUGACCACAAGGGGCCCUACCAGUGGCGGCAGCAACCACAGGGGCCCUCCCUGGUGCAGCGAUGACUCCAGGGGCCCUCGCAGAGGAUGUGAUGCACCCAGGGGCUCUCUAAGCGAUUGUGGAUACCGUAGGGGUCCUACCAGGGGAGGCGGCGAAAUAAGGGGCCCCUCCCGGGUUUGUGGGAACCCCAGGGUCCUCCCAGGAGGAGCGGCGCCCCCAAAGGCCCUUGCAAGGGCGGCGGCACCCCCAGGAGCCCUCCCAAGAGCGGCGGUGGCCCCUUGGGCCAUCCCAGGGACAGCCACGCUCCCAGGGACCUUCCCAGGGGCAGCGUCGACCUCAGAGGCCCUUCCAGUGGCAACGGCGCCACCAGGGGCCCUUGCAAGGGCGGCGGCGGCCCCAUGGGCCAUCCUAGGGGCCCCGAUGACCCCAGGAGUCCUAGCAGGGGAGCAGGGGACCCCGAGGGCCCUCCUAGGGGCCUCGGCGCCCACAGGAGCCCUCCCAGUGGCGGGGGUGGCCACAGGGGCCCUCCCACGCGCGGCGAUGACACCAGAGGCUCUCCCAGGGGCGGUGGCGCUCCCACAGGGCCUACCAAGGGCGAGAGAACCCCAAGGGUAUCCUCCCAGGGGCGGCAGCACCCCCAGGUACCCUACCACGGGCAGCAGUGACCUCAGGGGCCCUCCCUUGGGUGGUGGUGACCUCAGAGACCCUCCCAGGGGCCCUCCCAGGAAAAGUGGCGCACCGAGGGACCUUUGUAGGGGCGGCGACGCCCACUAG